GAGGAAGAGGAGCCCAUUGCCAAUUUGCCAGUAUCUCUCUCUAAUUUUCGUCUGUUUCUCUCUCUAAAAAAAAAAACUUCUCCGUCCAGCUCGCUCCCUCCCUGGUCGAUCAAUUCGGUCCUGAGGUGGAAUCGCGCGGAGAUCGACGCCCAAAAAUUUUGCAAUCCGGAUUUCAGCUUUUCCCCCGGUCUCGCUUCUGCUCGGAUCCGAGAGCAGCGAUGGGAACGAAACCCUAGCUCUCUUCUCUCCUUCUAGCUUCAAGAUCAACGCACAAAGCCCUAGCUCCCGUCGCUUCCUUCUCUCGGGGCUGGUGCGUCGGGCCUGCGGAAAUUCAGAUCAUGGGCGGCUGAUUUCCGGCGGAAGAGAGUAGCUGUUCCGGUGGACGCGUGCGUUCGGCAGCAGCAUUAGUUUUGGGAAGCCGUUGAGAUUCGGGGAGUUUUCCGGGGAUGGAUUUGUGAGGACUCGAACUCGAGCUAUCCAGCUUGCGCAGGCUCUUUUUUUCUAUUUUUUUAAAUCUCCGUCGUCGUCGUCGUCUCGUGCGAUACGUCUUUGCUUGCACACGCCGUCACGGGCGCUGGAUGAGCGGCUUGGAUGGUCGCCCCGUUACUUGAGAUAGCACCAUUUCUAGCUUGGCCGGGCGAGUGGUUGGCUUCGAGCGGAUACGAUGUUUGAAGCUGUAUGAGUCCUAGGUUUAUUAGGGAGGAGCGCCCGAUAGUUCGAAUUGCCUUUUGAUUGCUGCCUGAUUAUUGACAUUCAAACGUGAGAGCUUCGGGUUUUGGCUUCUGGUGGUUUUGUCGGACGGCUUUGUCUUGGAGGGCGACAAUUGCUUGAGUGUGCGAAAUGAGCUCAGACAGUGGAGAUCCGUGCCUGUCGGAUCAGCCAGUCCAGUCGACUAAUGAAACAAAGAAGGCCAAGAUAUCAUAUUCACGGGAAUUUCUCUUGUCUCUGAGUGGAUUGGAUAUUUGCAGGAAUUUGCCUCGUGGAUUCGACGAAUCAAUUCUUGCUGAUUUUGAGGAUGCUUCCCAAGACCGGCAAAGGACCUCUGGCAGUUUUUUGCUGCAAGGUUAUAGGCGAAAUGAGUAUGGAUCAUCCCCACCUACGAGAGGGGAUGUAAGUAAUUAUUCUCGAGGAAUUCAUGGCAGGUGGGAUAGUCGCUCUUCUGGAUGGAGCGAUAAAGACAGUGACUCGCAGUCUGAUUGGGAUUCAGAUACAGGAAAACGUUAUGCCAAUCCAUCACGACGGGGUUGGCAAGCCCCCGAGCAUGAUGGACUUCUUGGCAGUGGUGGUUUUCCACGACCAUCAGGGUACACUCCCGGGGUGUCAGCUGCAAAGUUUCGGCCUAAUGAUCACUACCAGCUUAAUAGGACUACAGAGCCAUAUCACCCUCCUCGUCCUUAUAAGGCGUUACCACACUCACGUAGAGAAACUAAUGACUCAAUUAAUGAUGAAACAUUUGGGUCAUCUGAAUUUACCAGCGAGGACAGAGCAGAAGAAGAAAGGAAAAGAAGAGCUUCAUUCGAGUUAAUGAGGAAAGAGCAGCACAAAGCAUUCCAAGAACGGCAGAAGAAUGGUUCAGAGAAGCAUAACAAUGACUUUGAUAUCUCUACACUUAUGGAUGACUCUACAGAUCCGAAUAAACAACUGAGCACAAGCAAUGAAUUAGAUGAGCCCAAAGAACCAAAAGCAUCCAACAUUGAAUCUGCAAAACUAUCUUCAGGAUCACAAAUUGCUGGACCCCGACCACUUGUGCCUCCUGGAUUUGCAACAACAGUCCAGGAUAGGAAGUCAAAUUCAGUGGAGGUCAAGACUUCGGCACCUGAUGGUAGCAUCUUUAAUGCGAGGGAUAAUAUCGUGUUGAAUGGUUUGUACGAUGGUCAGAGGGAUAAGGAAACAGCUGAUGAAAUGAGUCUGAUUGCAAGGCUGCAUGUAACCCCAGAACUCCAAAGUUCAGAGAUGGAUAAGAAUGAAGUCAUCAUAUCACCUGCUUUAGAUAUUUCUAACCAGACUCUUGGUGGGAAGAAACUGUUAGGAACUUGCAAUCUUUCAGAAACUUCAAAAUCUUCAGAUAUUGGGCAAAGCAUAGACGUUGACUCUCAGGAGGCAGAGCAAAACAAAAUUACGGGUCAAUCAGAUCAUUCCACUACAAUUCUGGAAAAACUUUUUGGUAGUGCUUUAUCAUUAGAAAGUGCUGUCUCAUCUUCACAUACUGAGCUUCAAGGCACUAAAGGUGAUGACGUAUGGAGCUCUCACAGUAGCCACUCUUCCAAAUUUGCUCAUUUGUUUGUUGAAGAAAAGAAAACUACGGAUGAUUCCUUAUCUGGAAGGCCCAAAGACUUGCUAUCAUUAAUCGGUGUGGGUGAAAAAGGUGAAUCAUUGGUUUCUGAUGUGCAAAUGCUGGAGCAACCAUGGUCAAAGAGUCUCUUUUCAAGCUCUCAACCUAAAGAUAAGCAGAUGAUGAAGGGCACUGCGUCUGCUGCAGUUGGAAGUCGCGAGCAGUUCACUGAUCGCAAACCAGGGGGAGUUCCAGCUGUCCUUACAUGUGAAGAUCUUGAGAAUACCAUCUUGUCAGAGAUUAGUGACGGUGGAUCAGACCCGCAGCAGCCUUUGAAGGCUUGGGAUGGCAAUGAGGCAAAGGCUGCUCAGCCAAGAGCCAAUGUUGAUAAUCUUGCAUCCCAGCACCUCCUUUCCUUAUUACACAAGGGAACGGAACACAACAAUGUGGCCCUGUUCCCCAGUUUUGAUGCUAAAUUUGCAGAUAAGGUGGACACUCUUGAAGGAGAAAGGACCAGCAAUUUACUGGGUGACUCUAAAGAGACGAGUGAUAGUCUUCCUAAUUGUGGGAACACGUUGACUCUUGAAACUCUUUUUGGAACUGCUUUCAUGAAGGAGCUGCAGUCAGUUGGAGCUCCAGUCUCUGCUCAUAGGAGUUCUACCGGGUCCGCCAGAGUCGAACCAUUCAACCCUCAUGGAUCUUCCCAUGGUGUAAUUGAUGAAAGUAUGCUAGCUUCCGCAGAAAGUGAAGCUAUAUCGAGCAGGAAUAUUCACGAAAGCAAUGGGAUGGCAUUGAAUAGAAGUCAUCAAUCUAAUAUGGACAUUACAGAAGAUCAUUUCUUGAAAUUUGAUCAUUUCCGAACCGAAGUAGAUACUCUACAGCUACAACCUGAAGUAGGGCCCAAGCUUAGCAAUUUUGACGGGCCAGCUGAAAUUCGGCUUCCUGAAGAGGAUAGUCUGAUAAGUGUUAGCGAUCCUCUGAAUCUGCGGGGCUUAAUGGCUGGUCGGCAUCCUGAUAAAGCUGAGUUGUCCUCCAGCAACGCGCCAUUUGAUGUUGUUGAAAACUUUGCAGCGCAUGGCAUCUUCAAGGAAGAAAAAUAUGCUAGAGAGCAAGUACCUUCGCAUUUCCAUCAAAUUCCCUUCAGUAGGAGGGAGCCGGAUAUUCCGUUUUCAAAUGUUCAUGUUCAACAAUCUUCUCCUCAGCUUCAUCCCCACCGUCUGAACCACGUUGGGCCAAUGUUUAAUUCUCUAGAUUCUCAUACUGUUCAUAGUAAUGCUCCAGUGAAGAUUGCAGAUGGUAUUCUCCAUCAUGAUCAACUAAAUUACCAAUUUCCUGCAAAUAUGGUCCGCCCUCAGAUGCACCAUCUGAGCAGCGGAUAUCCUGGAUUUGAUCCUCCAAGUCAUCAUCCUAUGGCGCAACAGAUGCAUCUGCCACCAAGUUUUCCUCCACCACAUCAGUUACAGGGAUUUCAUGGUGGGCCCCAGGUGACUCAUCUGAACAACCAGGUCUCUGGACUUAUUCAGGAACUUAACCCGAUUCAAGGUUUUCCUUUUGGUCAGCGGCAGCCAAAUAGUGGAAUACCACCGCCUGCUCCUGAAGCCAGCAUUGGAAACAACCAUCCAGAAGCAUUUCAAAGGCUUAUUGAGCUGGAGCGGCGGGCAAAUGCAAAGCAGAUGAAUCCCUUUCGCCGCUGCCGCCGCCGCCGCUGGCCAUAGCCAGGGAAUGUAUGGCCGUGAUAUCGAUAUGGGUUUUCGUUACAGAUGAAGAUUUCAAGCAUCGAUUUAGUGUGCAUGCCAGUGUACUCAUCUCUCUCUCUCUCUCUCUCCCUCCCUCCCUCUAGCAUGAAGGACGGGGUUUGAUAUGCGUAUUAUAAAAUGGACAGAUUUCGUA